GUUGUGUUCAUAGCGAAAUUUAUCAUCCCUCUUUAAUUACUUAGUUCUCCCUCAAGCUAAAUUUACAUUCUCUCAAGGUUUCAAGACAUGUCGCUCAUUCCUAGCAUUUUUGGCGGUCGCCGAACUAAUGUGUUUGAUCCAUUUUCUCUAGAUAUUUGGGAUCCCUUCGAUGGACUCCUCUCUUCCGGCAUUGCCAAUGUCCCAGCCUCAGCAAGCGAAACUGCCGCAUUGGCCAACUUGCGAAUCGACUGGAAGGAGACCCCGGAGGCCCAUGUUUUCAAAGCCGACCUUCCGGGGCUGAAGAAGGAAGAUGUGAAAGUGGAAGUUGAAGAAGGCAGAAUUCUGCAGAUUAGCGGAGAGAGGAGCAAAGAACAGGAGGAGAAGAACGACAAGUGGCACCGCAUUGAGAGGAGCAAGGGGAAGUUCCUACGCAGGUUCAGGCUGCCGGAAAAUGCAAAGAUGGAUCACGUCAAGGCUAACAUGGAGAACGGAGUGCUCACUGUGACUGUUCCUAAAGAAGAAGAGAAGAAGCCAGAGGUCAAACCCAUUGAGAUUUCUGGGUGAUUAAGCAAGAUGUCCUCCAAACUCGAAGCUUUCGUUUAAUGUUUGGUUUGUUGUUAAUUAAUCCAUGUCGAAGAAGUACUUGAGUAUGGUUUUGUUUGUCUGUGUUGGUAAAAGCUUGAAAAUGUAACUAUGUUUGCUUUUAUAAUAAAUAAUUGCCAGAGAAUGUGCAAAGAA